GUAGUCAAAAAGGUCUCAGGUACAAUGUUUUAAACGCCAAGAAUCACCAGUUAAAUCAUGCCAUCCACCGAUACCGAAGAAAUCACCGCCGUCCUGCAUGCCUACGGCGCGGCCUUGAAAAGCCGGAAUGUGGAUGAGGCCAUGGCACUCUACACCACCGACGGAGUGAUCAUGCCUCCACAUUUCUCCGCAAGUGCCGGCACCGAGGCUCUCCGCGAGUCGUAUACGCGCAUCUUUGCAACAAUCCAGCUCGUCAUCGCUUUCCAAAUCGAGGAAAUUGUUAUCAUGUCGCCAGAGUGGGCGUUUGCUAGGACGACGGCGGAGGGGACCAAAACGAUUCUCGCUACGCAGGAGUCGGAAGAACAUGCGAAUCAGGAAUUGUUUAUUUUGAAGAAGGAGAGUGGCAAGUGGUUGAUUGCGAGAUACGCUUUUUCGAGUAUGAAGCCUUUGGUACAGAAUGGGAUUCGGAGGAGUUGAGUUGGAUACCGUUUAUGGAUUGAAUAGUGAUACUUGUG